UUCAUUCAGUCAUUUUCUGCAAAGUAUAUGCUUGCUAUAUGUUCUGAUGUUACCAAGCCGUAGCACGUAAUUUGUCUUCUCUGGUUUGAUCCUGUUUCUGUUCAUAGUAACUGUGUUUAUUGCCUGGCCUAGCUUAUCCUGUUUGCCGAUCGCCUGACUUUUUGCCUGUUUUUGAAAAUGAGUUUGCUCAGAGUUUUGGAUUGUUUGCCACGUUUUCAUUAAACUGCUCUACCUGCACCUGCUUCUCAACCUCCAUUCUGUGACAAUAUCUAAACCAGGGUAGAUGCAUUGAAAGAGUCAAUCAGUGAAUGAAACACUAAAAAAGAAUCAUUUAAAGAACAAUAAAGAAUCUUAUUGUUCAGUAUAACGUUUCCUAUGUAAUACGCAAGUAUACCGUAUGUUGCUUUUGUAGAGAGUUGCAUUUUGAAAGUUGCUUUUAAUUUAAUAGUUUCAUAUAAAUUACAGGGCAAACAAAAGCACAGACAUGCCCAUAGUGUAUGACGGUAUUGGCCGACGUAUGAUAGUGAUGAACUUUAGCCAUGUUGGACUUUAGCCGGGGAUGGAAGCCACCAAAGCACCCCCUCCUAAAAAAAAAAAAAAAAACCCAAAAAAGAGCAUUUCUCAGAUAUGAGUCACUCCCUUAGCCUGCAUAUAUAACACAGUGGUAAGGAUGCUAUCUCCAGCCUGAGGUCGAUAUAGUAGCUACCUGCAUCAAACACACUGCAGCACCAUUAAGAAGGGACCAGGAACAAAAGUUAGAGCAGAAACUAGUGACCCCUCUGCAUCCAUGGCAGACAAGGAGCAAAUCAAAAAGACUGCAGUCAUUGUGCUGGGUUGCUUGGAGAAAGUGUCCUCCUUCGCCUCCUCCUUCAACCCUCUGUUUGGCAUCGUCACCUCACUGGUUGGUGUAGUGAGGAAAGGCCUGGUGGAAGAUGAAGCCAACGAGCUGGACAAGGACUUCCAGCAGAUUCAUGAUAAGUUGGAGAGCAUCUCUGAGCAGAACAAGCAGCUGCUGGAACAGAUCCACAUUUCUGAGAUCAACAAAAACUACGGUGACUUGGAAAAGAACAUCGAGCACCAGUACAAGGCCUUCAAGACCAUGGUGGACAGAGUCAGGAAGGACCCAGAAAACGGCGAGCGUUACAGAGAAGAUUUCAAGAAAAUCUAUAGAAAACAACAGGGCCGCCUGAAUUUGAAUGUGUAUUAUCAAGCCAUCAUGGAAGAGCAGGGUCCUUUUGGGAGGCCACUACUGAGAUGUUAUCUAGAGCAUUGCAAAAGGAACAGGAAGAUCAUGGAGGCUAGGUGCGCUCAUCUGGUCUACCUUUUCCACAUCGGCCUCAUAGCACUGAUGGCCUACUAUGUAGUCACUGAGGAUGAUGAGGAUGAGUUCAGGGAAGAAUGGGGCCAAAAGGUCAUCGACAUACAGACCAAGAUGCAAGAAGUCCUGGAUGAGUGUAGUGAGUAGGAGUGAUACCAAAUUCAUUGAAGGGUUGUUAAACCACAGCUGUCUUAGUUUCUACUGAUUUAUAAUGGAGACAAUGAUAAACAAAAUCAACGCCAUUUAUUUUAUGAGCAAUGAGAACACUAUUUUUUACUCUUCCUGUAUCGUUUCUAUGCCUUAGCACUUAAAAUUCCAAUCUUUUAUUCACUUUAAACAGAUUAUGCAACAUCUUAUAUGACUGUAUAAAUCUGACUGUUGUUGACUGCUGUUGCUGUAUGUUUUAAAUCAACAUAUUUGUGUAUUAUGAUCAGUGUGAUUCAUUUUGGCAGAUUUUUAAAUCAU